AGGAGUGGUUAAUUUUCCCCCUUUUCAAAAUUCGUUAUUCGCUCUCACGAUCGAUAUCUCUCGCCCUAAUUCUUCACAUCUCAGGCAUGGAUUAUUUCUCUCUUUCAAUCAAUCAUUUUCGACCUAAUUAGGGUUUCUGGCAAGUCAAUCAACCAUUCAAAUUCGAUAAUUCAGAGUGUUCAAGAUUAGGGUUCCAAGCUUUUUACAGAGAUUGGAGUCACAUUCAAUGUCUGCUUCAACAGUUUCAAUCACGGCCAACCCCUCUGCGAGGCGGAGACCCGUGGUGGUCGGAGACAAGAAGUCCGGCAUAGAAUUGGUGGCUACUGACGGCGUUGCCGCCGCCACAAGCGACAAGAUUUCAAACGGGAAAGAUCUCAGCCACUCAAUUAGAGGCGAAGUAGUUCUGGAGAGAUCAAGAGACGUGGUUCAAGUCAAGAAAGCUUUGCCCAAUUCAGACACCGCAUUACCUUCUCGCCGCACCAAUCGAAAGGGGGUUUCGAAGACCCAGAAACCCCUCUGGCAAACUAUCAUCAGUGCCUCCACCAAGAACUUUUUGCUUCUUCUCGUGCUUCUGGGUUUGGUUCAGAUGAUCCGUAGAUUGUUGGCUAAUCCUGCAACCAUCUCUCCCAUUACUUCUUCUACGGAAUUUGAGCGUCGAAUCGCCGAAGUGGAGGGUCUGUUGGUGACUACUACGAAGAUGAUGAGGGUUGAAGUGGACUUGGUGGAUCAAAAGAUUCUGAAUCAAAUCGGAGGUCUGAGAACGGAAUUAAAUAAGAAAAUUGAGGAUAAAGGCGUGGAAUUGGAAACUGGGUUGAAGAAUUUGGAGGAUAGAACUGAGAGUUUGGAGAACUCAUUGGGUGAAUUGAAGUUGACCGAGUGGUUAUCGAAGGAAGACUUUGUUAAAUUUCUUAAUGAGUUCAAGAAGGCUAAGGGUCUUGAUCAUGGAUACACUGAUUUGAACCUAGAUGAGAUGAGAGCGUUUGCGAGGGAGAUAGUUGAGAAAGAAUUUGAGAAGCAUUCUGCUGAUGGGUUGGGUAGGGUAGACUAUGCACUAGCAUCUGGUGGGGCUAUGAUUGUGAAGCAUUCUGAGCCGUACACUGUUGGGAAGGCAGGCAACUGGUUUUACACUGCUAACCGAAAUGGAGUUCAUAAUGAUGCGGAGAAGAUGCUUAGUCCCAGUUUUGGAGAGCCUGGUCAUUGUUUUCCUUUAAAAGGAAGCAGUGGUUUUGUGCAGAUCAAGCUUAGAACUGCCAUUGUCCCAGAGGCUGUAACUUUGGAACAUGUUGCCAAGAGUGUUGCGUACGACCGGUCGAGCGCUCCCAAGGACUGCAGGGUUUCCGGAUGGCUGCAGCAAGGGCGUGAUCCUAUUGAUCAAGUGGUUGAUACAGAGAAUAUGUUUGUUUUGUUGGAGUUUACCUAUGACCUUGAUAAGAGCCAUGCUCAAACUUUCAACGUGUUGGACUCGUCUGCCUCUAGCAUUGUUAAUAUGAUCAGGCUUGAUUUCACAUCCAACCAUGGAAGUCCAUCUCAUACUUGUAUCUAUCGCUUGAGGGUGCACGGUUACGAACCCAGUUCUGUCUCGAUGCUGGCAAUUUAAUCUUCAAUAUCUCAACGCUGCUGUGUAUUGGAUGGAUCAUUGUCCCUCUAGUUCUUUAAUUGUUGCUUUUGUAAUUUUUUUUCCCUUCUAUGUUAGGUACUUGUUUUAUUUUUUGUUUUUGGUUUUGGUUUUAAACUAUGAUCUUUGAUCAGAUACUAAAUUUUAGUGUGUGUUCUCGGACUGCUUAUCAGAUGGAUCUGUUUUUUAAAAAUGGGGGAUGUUACUCUCCCAUUGUAGGAGAAAAAACAAGUAAUAUUAGGAAAGCUUCCAAAUUAUUGAUGUUUUUAUUUAUUUAUUUA